CGUGAGGCAGUGCGAGCUGCCGGCGCGGCGGCGGGCUCCUGAGGCGCGGAGCGACUGACUUCAGGAGGAACCUUGGUAGAUUCUAAAACCCCAUUUCCUCCUUGGCGGGCCACGUAGCCGCGCCGCUCUCGGGAUUCGUUUUCUAAUCGUCAGCGUCUAAGUACAGCCAUGAGCUGUGGGAACGAGUUUGUGGAGACGUUGAGGAGAAUCCACUACCCCAGCGCCGAGGCGCUCAAUGGGGAGGAUUUUGAUUGGCUGUUUGAGAGGGAGGAAGAGGAGGCGUUUCUGAGGUGGUUCUGUGGCGUGGUGAGCGAGCUGCCUGUCCUGGCCGACGAUGAGCUGAAGGCCUUCGCCGCGCUGCAGGAAUCUGGCCAGCCUGUCCUGGACGGAGCCGCGUUGGAGGAAGCCCUCAAAACCUGCCAGCCUUCCGACUGGAGGACGCCUGCCCUGGAAGAUAAGGAGCUCGAGAAACUGGAGGCGGAGCUUCAAAUGUUGCAGAAAUUAAAGAACCUAAAAAUUCAGCGACGCAAUAAAUACCAGUUGAUGGCCUCAGUAACCAGUCACAAGUCUCUGAGCUUACAGGCUAAAGAAGAGGAAGCCACGAAAAAGCUGAAACAGAGUCAAGGAAUAUUAAACGCCAAGAAGACUAAGAUCAGCAAUGAACUUCAGGCUCUUUCUGACUUAGUAGCAAAAUUGAUGACGUUCUUUAGGAAUUCUGGUUUUGGUCAAGGGACAGAUCCACUAGUGUUUCUGUCUCAGUUUUCCUUGGAGAAGUAUCUAAGACAAGAAGAGCAAAGCACAGCAGCAUUAACUUCAUAUACCAAAAAACACUUUUUCCAGGGUAUACUCGAAGUAGUUGAAAGGUCGAAUGAAGAAAAUUUUCAACUUUUAGAUAUACAAACACCAUCUACUUGUGACAGUCAAGAACUUCUUGAGGAGAGACGACUGGAGAUGGCUAGACUGCAUCUUGCAUACCUUUGUAUUCAACAUCAGUUAAUUCGCUUGAAAGCAAAUAACUUGAGCAUGAAAUCAAGAAUUAAAUGGCUAGAGGAGAACCUUCAUCACUUCACUGACAAGGCUGUUGUCAAAGAUAAUGUGAAUGCUAAAAUUUCUAGUUUGAGCAGUGAGAUUCUCAAACUUGAAGAAGAAAUCGCUCAAUUGAAAGAGAGAAGUUUACCUGCUCUUGUAAGAGAGAAUGCUCAGUUAUUGAAUAUGCCAGUUGUUAAAGGAGAUUUUGAUCUGCAGAUUGCUAAACAAGACUAUUACACAACAAGACAAAAAUCAGUUCUGAGUCAGUUGAUUAAACAGAAGGCAUCAUUUGAGCUUCUACAGUUGUCCUAUGAACUCGAAUUGAGAAAGCAUUGGGAUAUAUUUCAUCAACUUGAAAGUUUAGCCCAAGAACUUAGUAAAAGUAAUGUAAUACUCCACCAGCAAUUAGAAAUGCUAACAGACCCAUCAGUAUCUCAGCAGAUGAAUCCAAGGAAUACCAUCGAUACAAAGGAUUGUUCUACACAGAGACUUUACCAACUUUUAGAAGGAGAAACUAAGAAAAAAGAAUUAUUUAUAACUCAUGGAAACCUUGAGAAAGCAGCUGAAAAAUUUAAAACAGAUGUUUCUUUAAUACAAAAUCAAUUUGCAGUUUCUGCUCAGGAACAUUUUUUUUUUCUAUCCAAACUGAAUAAUGAUGUGGACAUGCUUUGUGAUGCCCUGUAUCAGGGAGGAAAUCAGCUUUUGCUUAGUGAUCAGGAGUUAAUGGAGCAGUUUCAUCAAGUGGAAUCUCAAAUGAAUAAGCUAAAUCAUCUUUUUACUGAUAUUCUUGCUGAUGUGAAGACAAAAAGGAAAAUGUUGGCAUCUAAUAAGCUCCAUCAAAUGGAAAGAAAAUUAUAUGUAUAUUUCUUAAAGGAUGAAGAUUAUCUGAAAGAGAUUGUGGAGAAUUUAGAAAACCAAUCAGAGAUUAAGGCUAUUGGUCCGGAAGACUGAAAAUUACUAAAAACUAAAUCUUCACUAUAUGUGCUAUACUUUAAUGCUUUAUAUACAGAAGAAUAUAGUUUAAUAAAGUCACUAAACUUAAAUUUAAAGUCAGCCAAACAUUUUCUUUAAUGAAUUUGGUUUUUUCCUUAUUCAAUAACAUUAUGUAUUCAGAGUCCCUGAGCUUGGAGAGUGUACAGCCCUUACCACUGUGCUGUCUCUGACCCCUUAUGCAGUAACCUUCUAUGAAAGUCUCAGUACAUUCCAUUCUCAAGUGACUUGUUUCUUAUUUCGAAGUCAGAUUUAAUAUGUGGGUGUUAUGUUUAUCUUAUGUUUAGGGUUUUAUGAAAAUGGAAAAUUAUGAAAGUUGUAACUUUUGGUGUCUGUAAGAUACCGCUUUCCAGUGUUGCUCAGAAGAUUAUGUCUGCUCUACAUUCAGGUGAUUUAGUGGAGUCUAAGAAUUGGAGAGUGAAAAGAGUGAGU